GGAAGUUAAAUUUUGUGAUAUUGCCGCACACUACCUGGACGUGUUCUUUUUCAGGCGUACGCCAUUGCCGCUUACAUCGUACACGAUUUCUUCUGUGAAAAAUCAUGGCCGAAGUUGCUGAAAACGUUGUUGAAAACUUCGAGGAGCCGGCGCCCUUGGAAACCGAGAGCGCUGAAACCGUACUCGAGACAAAUGUGGUUGCCACAACGGAACUGCCCGAAAUUAAGUUGUUCGGACGCUGGUCUUGUGACGAUGUGACCGUCAACGACAUCUCGCUGCAGGAUUACAUUUCGGUCAAGGAGAAGUUCGCACGUUAUCUGCCCCACUCCGCCGGCCGUUAUGCCGCCAAGCGCUUCCGCAAGGCACAAUGCCCCAUUGUCGAGCGUCUCACCUGCUCCCUGAUGAUGAAGGGUCGCAACAACGGCAAAAAACUGAUGGCCUGCCGCAUAGUCAAGCACUCGUUCGAGAUCAUUCAUCUGCUCACUGGCGAGAAUCCUCUGCAGAUCUUGGUCAGUGCCAUCAUCAACUCUGGCCCACGUGAAGACUCCACACGUAUUGGUCGUGCCGGUACCGUCCGUCGUCAGGCUGUGGAUGUGUCGCCUCUGCGUCGCGUCAACCAGGCCAUCUGGUUGCUAUGCACGGGUGCCCGUGAGGCUGCCUUCAGAAACAUCAAGACCAUCGCCGAGUGCUUGGCCGAUGAGCUCAUCAACGCUGCUAAGGGCUCUUCCAACUCGUACGCCAUCAAGAAGAAGGAUGAACUUGAGCGUGUGGCCAAGUCCAACCGUUAAGGAAAGAAAGCAAGAAAGAUCAUGCUGUGCGCAACAAAUCCUUGUUUGUUAUUUCAAGCGCGCAGGGAUUCGCGUUUUUUUUUACAAUUCUGUGUGUACCCAAAAUGCUACACUAAAUAAUAAACGAAAAAAUCCAACAAAUAAAGUGUAAAAAAUACAAUUUAAUAAGGACGA